UAAGUUUCUAUAAUAUGACAGUUGUGUGCGUAAUUUGUUACGACGACGCAGAUGAAUUUCCAGUGCGGCGGUGUUGUGAAGAAUUUGUGCUGACUCUAAAACAUAUUUGAAAUGUAAAAGAAUAUCUGUUUUUGUAUGAUGUAGAUGCAAAGUUGUUAACAUUCUAUAUAAAGAUAGAGUUUUUUCCUUGAAGUAUUGCGUACUUGCAACAACAAACACUGUGCGAUCGUUGCUACUUGAUUGAAUAUAUUAGUGGUGUAGUGGUGCAUUUGUUUAUUUAUAGAUUUUGCAAUUUGCAGUCAUGUUAUCACUCUUGAGGCGCUAAAAUGUCUCAGAGGGAUACCGCGAUACACCUUGUGGCUGGGGGGUUGGCAGGAACAGCCGGAGCCGUAGUCACAUGUCCACUUGAAGUAGUGAAGACUCGUCUGCAGUCGUCCAAAGGUGUGGGCAUACCACAGCCCCCGUCACAUUCUGGCACUGCCAGCACAAGAAGAGUUUGCUCAAAGAUACCAAAACAUCAGGAGGCCAAAUGGGGCUACAGGCGUACGAUGGGCGCGAUGUUCGCAUACAGCAAGCAAGCAGAUCGUAUGCUGAUGUCAUACAAUUACCAGGUGCAGCAGUGCGCCAGGGCGGGACACGCGCGCACCACCUCCAGGAUGAGCCUUAUACAGUGCAUCAGGCAUAUCGUCCAGACUGAAGGUCCUCGUGCGCUGUUCAAAGGGCUGGGACCUAACCUGGUGGGGGUGGCGCCCUCUAGGGCGAUAUACUUCUGCACGUACUCCCAGGCAAAGGCCAUCCUCAAUCAACAUAUACCGCCUGACACACCGAUUGUACAUCUCUCAGCAGCAAGCGCUGCAGGUUUCAUGUCGUGUACAAUGACGAAUCCCAUCUGGUUCGUGAAGACUCGCCUGCAACUGGACGGACAGAACAUCACAGCGUUGCAGUGCAUAAAGAGGAUAUACGCUAAGACGGGUAUAAAAGGUUUCUACAAAGGUAUAACGGCGUCGUACAUGGGUAUCAGUGAGACGGUGGUUCACUUUGUGCUGUACGAGGGGGUGAAGGCGCGCCUGAUCGCCGCGCGGUCCGGCGGCGUGCCCAGCGACACGCGCUCGCCGCGGGACUUCGUAGAGUUUAUGGCGGCCGGUGCUUUCUCAAAGACGGUCGCUUCAUGUAUUGCUUAUCCACAUGAAGUAGCAAGAACGCGGCUGCGCGAGGAAGGAGACAAGUACCGCAAGUUCUGGCAGACGCUCCAAACCGUCUGGGUGGAGGAGGGAUACCGCGGAGUAUAUAGGGGUUUAGGAACACAGCUGGUUCGUCAAAUACCCAACACGGCGAUAAUGAUGUCCACUUACGAGGCGGUCGUCUACCUACUUACAACACAUUUCAAUAGUUCCUUCUACGAGAACACUUAGACUGUCGCAAUGCAAUCA